GGAUGGGGCUACGGUUGAGGGAACAACCGACCAUUCUCCUCCUCUUCGUGUAAUUGCCUCGAGAUCCCAACGCCUCCUCCUCCUCCUCCAAUCCCUCCUCCCACCCCGCGGUUGCGCCUCGCCUGUUCAAGAUGUCGCAUGGCGACAGUAUCCCAUUCCAUUCCUCCUCCCAGUCGGACAUCGACGAGAUCGAGAACCUCAUCAACUCCGACGCCCUCUCCGCCACCGUCCCCACCGCCCGCCCUCCCAGCCCUCCCCGCGCAUCCUUCCCCUCCGCCGCCCUUGCCCCUCCGUACCAGAAGGUGCCACGCUCCUUCUACCUGCCACUUCCUCCACCGCCAGUCGACCCCUCCGCCGCCGGCCCACGCCCGGGUGGUGGGGUUGCCGCUGACGGCUUCGGUUCGCCGACGGACACCCUCACCGAGCCCGUGUUGGAUACGGUAAAGCGGGAUCUAACGCGGAUCGUUAUCAAUCUGAAACUGGUGGUGUUCCCCAAUCCGUUCAGAGAGGAUCCCGGGAAGGCGCUGAGGGAUUGGGAUCUAUGGGGGCCCUUCUUCUUCAUCAUCUUCCUCGGGCUCACCCUGUCAUGGUCGGCGUCCGUGAAGAAGUCCCAAGUCUUUGCCGUUGCAUUUGCGGUCCUUGCUGCCGGUGCCGUGAUCCUGACGAUGAACGUUUUGCUUCUGGGUGGGCGCAUCAUCUUCUUUCAGAGUCUGAGUCUUCUUGGCUACUGCCUCUUCCCUUUGGACAUUGGAGCUCUAAUUUGCUCGCUGAAAAUUAAUGUUGUAGUCAAGAUAAUUGUGGUGUCAAUAACAUUGGCAUGGAGCUACUGGGCAGCAUAUCCAUUUAUGAGCGCCGCGGUUGAUCCAAGAAGAAAGGCAUUGGCCCUCUACCCGGUUUUCCUCAUGUAUAUAUCUGUUGGCUUUUUUAUCAUCGCAAUAGAUUAGGGAAUCCGAAGAUGAUGAUGAUGAUGAUGAUGGCGUGGUUGACAACAUGGCUUCUGGGCUUCAAGUGCCUUUUUCAUGGAACCAGCAAGAGAUAUGGGCUUCGUAGUAGUCUUAGAUUGAUUGCGGAUUUGGGGAGCUAAUUUCCUCGUCGAUUCAAAGUUCUAAUACGUGUUGUCUUGUGAAUUAUUUUGACGUCGAAUAUACAGCAAAAUAAUAGAAUUAUUAUGCAGUGUCUGUUACGCUGCGGCAGUCUCUACUGAAGCAAGACAUCCCGAGUUGCCCUCGAGGAGAUUAAGCUAAGGUCCAUCGAUGCUUCUUCCGAGUCUGGACACGUGCGCUUCCCGACGAUGCGGGAGUAGUAGAAGUUUUAUGGUAGCCUCAUAAUCGGAUCCGGGUCGACUUCAUCGUAUCGCUAACGAUUAUAAUCGGAUCGAUUCGAGGAUCCAUCAAACGUCUCAUCGCAGCAUCCGAACCGACACUGUAUAACGCACUCUCUCUCUCCCGAGGGCAGUUUGUUCGUUUCGAGGGAUUGGGAGAGAGGCGAGAGAGAAGUCCCAGCCAAGCCCUAUCGAUGUCUCUCCGGCGGAUGCGGUUGAAUCUUCAAGAUCCCUAGGCGAUCCCUCGCCGCUGUCGCUAUAGGUAAUUUCUGGCGAUCCGUGUUAGAUUUCGCGUUCAAUGGGAUCUCAUUCCCCCUUUUUUUUUGUGGAUGAAAUGGACGAUUCCCUUUUUGUUACGGAAGAAAAUAUUGCAAUUCGUUGAAUUCCGUGAUCUUUGUUGUUUCUUGGACACGAUGACUCAUUAUGGUGUAGAAUGGAUGAUAAAGAUACAAGGGUUUGGGUUCGGGAUCUCAUGAUCGCUAUGGUUUCUCGGACUCUGAUUUUUCUUGCUCGGUUGUUUUGUGCGUUUGUCUGUGUUGCGUUUACGUGAUGAUGUAGAAUGGAUGAUAAAGAUCGAGGGUUUUUUGGUUUCGGAUCUAUGAUCUUUGUGGCUUCAUGGAAUCUUUGACUCUCGUGCCGUGUUUUGUAUGUUUCUUGGUGUUGUGUUUACGUGAUGAUGUGAUAUUGAUCGAGGUUUUGGAAGGGUUUACUUCUAGAAGAAAGUUGAUUCUUCUGCUAUUUGAUUUGCGCGGAGGACGAAGGAAUGAUGGUGGAGCCUUUUAAAGCUAUAGGGCAUGAGAUCUUCAAGGUAGUUUCUCUAAGUGUGUGGGAUUUUGUGCAAUCAAUUUCAUCCAAUCUAAGAUUCUUGACGUGUUCACAGAAUGAUCUUCUUCUUCUCUAAGUGUGUGGGAUUUUGUGCUAUCAAUUUCGACCAAUCUAAGAUUCUUGAUGUGUUUACAGAAUGAUCUUUUCUUCUUCAGUUAGUCCAACAGUUGUCAUGUUUCUAUCCAAGAACCAUGUUCUUUUACUUUUUUCGUUCUCUUCCUUUGGAUCUUGUCUUAUUACAUAUUUGUUUAUAGCUUAUGCUGAUGAGAUUGGCGUCUGAGCUUUGUGACAUAUUCAUUUUCAGAACAUGACCUUCUGUCAGUGUUAUACAGGGGUACAGAAAUAUUCAACCAAGUGUUUGGUAUUUGCCAUCUGCUUUAUUUUCAAUUAAAAGAUCAGCAUUGUGAUUUUUCCGGAUUC